AUGCCGCUUUUGCAACAGGAUAACAGACGAGGCGGCGGUUCUAGAGAUAACCGUCGCUCUUUUGGAGAGUUUGUGGGCUUUGACAAUCGCCAAGCCACCCAACCGGCAGCAGCACCCAGAGCUUCCAGCAGCAAUGGCAAUGACGACUGGCAAUGGGAGAUGCCUGGUAGCCCAGAAGCUGCUCAGACUCCUCGUUCGCUUGUACCGCCCAAGUGCUUCCCAACGGGUCACCCUUCAACGUUUUCUAGUUACAGCGACCGGGCUCGCCGGGGCAGUUGGGCUGAGCCUUCCGGCCAUAGGAUUACAGAUCUUGUCGCUAGUAUGUCCCUGACAAUGCCUUCAUCCAGAGUGAGUUCAUCAGAUGUCGUGACAGGCAGAAGCUGUGACUCUUUGCAAACGGUAACGGAGACGCAAUGGACUCAAACUCGUGCAGAACGAACAAAUAGAAGGGAACAGCAGCUUUCGCGCCGAGCCUCGUUUUGUGGUGCGACAGGUGCCGAGAAUAAAACCGCUCCGCUGGUAUGGUCCGGUGUACUUCCCCCGCGAUCAGAGGGGGGCCAGUAUUCGUCGAAGGUGUUUUUGGGUGGUCUGCCCUGGGACACAUCGGAACAAGCACUUCUGCAUUUGCUUAGGAACUUCAAUCCGAUUCGCAUAGAAUGGCCCGGUCGUAGCAACUCUUCGCUUUCUGGGGGCAAUGGGGGGCUGCGUGGAGGACCACGUGGUUUCGUAUACGUCACAUUUGAGAACGAAUUGUGCGUGAAGGCUCUAUUGAAGGCUGCACAUAAGGAUGGAAACGCGUGGUACUUUCGUGUGUUUUCAAAUAACUCCAAGUCGAAGGAGGUGGAAGUUAUACCGUGGUCGAUAGCGGAUAGCAUUUGUGUCGUGGGAGGCUCUGCGAAACUAGACCCCUUUCGCACCGUGUUCGUGGGAGCGUUACACGGGAUGUUAUCUGCCGAGGCCCUGGCGACGAUCAUGAAUGAUCUUUUUCAAGGCGUCGUGCACGCCGGUAUCGACACCGAUAAAAACAAGUACCCGAUUGGUUCUGGCCGCGUGACGUUCAACAACUUGCACUCGUACGUUUGUGCCCUGUCCGUGGGCUUUGUCGAAAUACGGACAGACAAGUUCACUAAAAAGGUUCAAAUAGACCCUUACCUCGAGGACUCGAUGUGUUCCAUGUGCAAAUUACAGCAGGGGCCCUAUUUCUGCCGCAGUCCGAUUUGCUUUAGCUAUUACUGUCGUUCCUGUUGGGCAAGACGUCACGCAGAGUCCGAGCACAACCAUAAACCGCUCAUGCGAAACUUCAAGACCAACGAGCCGCUGCCGGUCAGCCUCGCUGGGAACAGCGGGAACAGCAACAUGUCGGUGCACAGCGACUGCGGGACGCGACGGACGCCGAGCGACCAAAGCAGCUUAAACGGAGGCUUUUGCGUUGAUAUUGCUUCUACUCCAUCGCCCUUCACAAGUGGAGCGAGCACCAGCGAUCACGCAACUGAAGAAAUCUCCGAGUGGUUGAUACAAUAA